AUGGAGAAUUCAUUUUUUGAAUUCCGUGACAAAACUAAUGAAGCUGAAAUCUCUGACUGUGAAAUUGAAAAUAGUGUGUUGGAGGAAUCGUUUGCUCCUAAAAAAACUCCAGCAAAGAAGAAUCAUACGAUUGUUAUACCAGAAUCAGAUGAUUCAGAUUACUCUUUAUCAGACGAUGAACUACAAAAGAAGACUGUGACAUCAUAUCUUUCACCAAAAAAACUAGUUUUAAGUUCUUCCGAAGAUGAAGAUCUGUCUUUAAAAACUUCAAUGAAAUCAUCCAGAGCAUCAGACUCACCAUUUAUUGGGCGUAAAAAUAAAAAGCGUAUAAUGCAACUUGAUUCAGAUACUGACAACUCUAUAGUUAUAGAACAUAACAAACAGAAAAAAGUUUUCUGUCUAAAGAGUACGCCAGCUCGAAUUGAAAGCAAGAGAUUUCUUAAAGAUAAGCACAAUAUGAGUUAUGACAGCAAUAAUAGUGAGCAAGGUGGUGAUGAAACAAAUGUAGAUAGCCCUAAUUCAACAAUUGAUCUAAUUACAAAUGACAUAUAUGACUCCGAUGAGGACAAAGAAAAUCGUGACAGUAUAUCUAAAAACUUUGAUAAUUGUAAAGAUAGUGACAAUAAAGAAGAGAAAAAAGAAAGUUCUCAUAGUAAAGAUAGCAAUGACGAUUCUGAUGUAACAGAGGAAUAUGACGUAGAUGACCAAACUAAAGAACAUACAGAUGAUGAAAAUAAUGAUGAUCAAAUGUUUGUGUCUCGAGCAACGAGAAUGAGUAUAAUGGGUGUAGUUCCUAAGGAUAAUGAGAGUGACGAUUCAGAUUAUAUUGAAUCUGAAGAUUCAAGACGCCCAUCUUCUGGAAGUAAUGCAGAGUUACCAUAUACAGGUAUUAAAAGUGGGGAAACUUCCAAACAAUUGGACGACUCCAAUACAUCUAGACUUACAUGUUCACCUUUCUCGAGCCCUGUAAGGGACAAUGAAGUUGAUGAUCAAGCUGUUGUUGAUUUGACACAAUUGAUAAAUGCUGAUGACUUAAAAAGUAAAAUUCAGUCAAAGUUGAAAGGUGAAUUGAAGCCGAAGGUAAUGGAGGAUCAGGAAGUGACAAUUGUUGAAACGAAACAAGAAGUUAUCACGCUAAGUAGCGAUAGUGAGGACGAUGAUCUCAAAAUAGAAAAGUCGCCAACAAUCAAAAGAUCUCCCAAGAAGAAUGAAAGUUCAGAAAAAACUCGACUGGAUAGUGACAUUAAGCAGUAUUUGGUACCAAACAGUUAUCCAAAUCUUGUUGUAUAUGUGAAGAAGCAUGUGAGGGACAAUGAACUGAAUAAAUUGAAUGGCCUGAGGGAAGAUCUCCAGAAUGUUAGGUACCUUUUGGAGACAAUGGACCUGGAUAUGUUGCCAGAUAGAGGGAGCAAGUUGAUCGAACGUCUUUCCACGUUGGAGGAAGAGGUUCGGCGUCAGGGCGACAAGGUUGCCAACAUGGUUGUGGAACCAGAUGAACCACCCCCAAAACCCAUAAAAGAAGAAUUGAAUAAAGAUGUAUCCUGGGACGACAUCCAAAAGGCGAGUAACGCUGUGCAGCCAAGGAUGUUUGGCAAUCAAGCACUGUCGACCCACAUGGCUCAAAGGAACAUGAUACUGGAGAGAUUGCGUGACUUGUACGAGUCGUUGGCAUCUCGGCCGUCUGAAAACAAGCUCGCUCCGCAGCCUCGUUCCCUCGCUUCCGAGAUGAUGCCGCAUCAGCUGCACGCACUCGCUUGGCUGCAAUGGCGCGAGACGCAAAGCCCGUGCGGCGGGAUAUUGGCGGACGACAUGGGUCUGGGUAAGACCAUUACCAUGAUCUCCCUCAUAGCCGCUGACAAGGAGAAAGGUAUCGAUAGCGACGAUGAUGGUGAAGAGGGAAGCUCCAGAUUGGUCCGCGGCGGAACAUUGGUGGUCUGCCCAGCAUCCCUGAUGCAGCAAUGGGCCGGUGAAGUGAAAAAACACUGUGUUUCCCACGCGCUAACUGUCUACCUACAUCACGGCACUCAAAGAGCGACGCAGGCGCAUCGGCUUGCGAAUAACGAUUUGGUUCUAACGACGUACAAUAUAUUGCAGCGGGAGAACGAAAAGAAUGGUGUGCUAACACGAAUUUUAUGGGGUCGCGUAAUACUAGAUGAGGCUCACGCGGUCCGAAAUCACAAGUCCUUGACCUCGGUGGCGGUCACCGCGCUGAAGGGGCGAAGGCGUUGGGCGCUCACCGGCACGCCUCUGCACAACAAAGACCUAGAUCUCUUUGCUCUGCUGAAAUUCUUACGCUGUUCGCCGUUCGACGAUCUCGCUAUGUGGAAGAAAUGGAUCGAUACGAAGAGUAUGGGUGGACAGGAGCGACUGAGUAUGAUCAUGCGUUGUAUUAUGCUGCGUCGCACCAAGCGGCUUCUUCAAGAGCGCGGGCAGCUGAAGUGCUUGCCCGAUCGCGAGACCCACCAAUGCGAUGUCACUCUCUCGAAAGAAGAGAUGAAUGUGUAUCAAAAGGUUCUUGUAUUCUCAAAGACACUCUUCGCACAAUUCCUGCAUCAACGCGCUGAAAAGGAUGAAGACUCUGGGGGUCACUAUGUUGCACCGCAAAAAGAUACUGCUUACGCAAAGAUGCACAAGAAAAUGGUCGCUUUGCAUGGUACAAAACCAGUUAAAUCUCACGAAAUCUUAGUUCUUCUACUGCGUUUGCGACAAUUGUGCUGCCAUUGCGGUCUGAUUGCAGCGAUGUUGAGCGAUGAAGAUACGGAUGUUUUGCAGGAGGAUCCUGCUGGACAGGACCUUCUGGCUGAACUUAACAAACUCAGUUUAGAUGAAUCCAGUCGGAAAAAGAACUUGGGUGAUAUAUCACGGAAUGAUGAUGAUGAUGAUGAGCCCGGUGAAAGCGCCACUGUGGCCGAGGCCCUUCGCUCUUCUCUCUCUCUGAGCAACCCGGUGUUCAAGCUGGACAAGCGCUCCUCUAAGAUUCAAGCGGUCAUGGACUGCCUCAACGAACAUGUUCUAUCUAAUCCAGACGAAAAGGCUGUGGUGGUAUCUCAGUGGACGUCAGUUCUGAGUCUGGUUGAACGUGAACUGAAGGCGGCGAAAGUGGAGUGUGUAACCCUCAGUGGAUCCGUACCAGUGCAGAAGCGUCCACCACUUAUUGACGCCCUUAACAAUCCCAAAAGUAAAGUGCGGAUCAUGCUACUGUCGCUAUGUGCUGGUGGCGUGGGUUUGAAUCUCUGCGGGGCGAAUCACCUGCUACUGUUGGAUCCCCACUGGAACCCGCAGUUGGAAGAGCAAGCGCAAGACCGCAUUUACCGCGUAGGGCAGACACGGAACGUGCAUAUUUACAGAUUUAUGUGUCUAGACACCGUUGAGCAAUGGAUCCGAAAAAUACAAGAGAACAAACUCGAAAGAGCUGAUAGCGUAUUAACUGGCGCACGUCAUACGAACGCUUCAAAGCUCACUAUUGAAGACCUGAAAAUGUUAUUCAAUAUGGAUUCGAAGCAAGAUUAA